GGUCUUCCUUUCGCGUCCUCGCGCUCUUACGGAAGCUCCGCAGUGCGCGUGCGCCAGCGCCCGCACUCCAAAUUGAAAAAGAGACAGCUUGUAGUUGCCCGGGAGGGGGUGGCAAGGCGGUCCCCGGAAAUAUCCUCUGUUCUGUCACCGGGAACUGGCGAGGUAGUUCCUCCGCGGUGGAGAGAGACUCUCCUGAUUAAUUGUGAUUUGGAAUAAAACUCUUUUCAAUGCAACCUGGAAUGGCCAAAUAUCAAGGUGAAGUUCAAAGUUUGAAACUGGAUGAUGAUUCAGUUAUAGAAGGAGUAAGUGACCAAGUGCUUGUGGCUGUGGUGGUCAGUUUCACUUUGAUUGCUACCCUGGUAUAUGCACUUUUCAGAAAUGUACAUCAGAACAUUCACCCAGAAAAUCAAGAGCUAGUAAGAGUGCUUCGAGAACAACUUCAAACAGAACAGGGUGUACCCACUACUGCUCGACAGCAGUUCUACACUGAAAUGUAUUGUCCAAUCUGCUUACAUCAAGCCUCUUUCCCUGUGGAAACGAACUGUGGACAUCUUUUCUGUGGUGCCUGUAUUACUGCAUAUUGGAGAUAUGGUUCAUGGCUUGGAGCAAUCAGUUGUCCAAUCUGUAGACAAACGGUAACUCUACUUCUAACAGUAUUUGGAGAAGAUGAUCAGUCUCAGGAUGUUGUAAGAUUACAUCAAGAUAUUAAUGAUUAUAACCGGAGAUUCUCAGGGCAGCCCAGAUCUAUUAUGGAAAGAAUCAUGGAUCUUCCUACGUUACUGAGACAUGCAUUCAGAGAAAUGUUUUCAGUUGGAGGUCUUUUCUGGAUGUUCCGCAUUAGAAUAAUACUUUGUUUAAUGGGAGCUUUUUUCUACCUUAUAUCACCUCUAGAUUUUGUACCUGAAGCCUUGUUUGGUAUUCUAGGCUUUCUAGAUGAUUUCUUUGUCAUUUUUUUGUUGCUUAUUUAUAUUUCUAUUAUGUAUCGAGAAGUAAUAACCCAAAGGCUAACCAGAUGAAAAAGUUUUAUAGAAUAACUGAAACAUGUAAAAUUAAGCAAAAGGAUUCACAGCAGUAGAAAUCAUCUAAAUAUUACCUUGCAAGCUUAAAAAUAUUAUAUAUGGACAUUUGGUUAUCAUUUGACAGAUGCUUAGCAAAAUAUAACUGGAAAUUUUACAUUUACAAGUUCUAAUGUUAAGAUCAGAACUAUAACAAUCUACAGUUGUAUCUCAAUUCCAAGAUGUCUGUAAAGUCUCUGGGAAAAAAGUGGAAUUGUAUAAGAAGGGAUACUUUGAUAUAUUCUUUUCCCCAAAUUUCUGAGAUUGAUAUAUUGUAUGAUAAUGUUAAUGUAAUUUAAUCCAUCCAAGUCAUCCUUAGCGUACCUAUACAAUAAUAUAUUGUUUUUCAACUCAUCUAAAUAUUUUGUUACAAUAAAAUACUGUACAAUUUGGGGAAAAGUCAGUGUUUCUUCUAGUACUUCUAGUUCUUUUGUGCAUUUGGAGCAGUUUUGCUUUUCUGUUCUGGUAUAAUUAUUUGUUAUCAGCUGAAACUGAAAGAAGAAACAUGAACACUAUAUUUGGCUUCAUAUUCUGGCUAAAUAACACUUCAGUGAACAGAAUUAACAUUUAUUUCCAAAAAACACUCUUGGUCUUCAGUUAUGAAAUCUAGCCAAGAAUUUGACCUUUCAUAGGAACAGAUUAAAAGUAACUUGUAAAGGGAAAUUGUUUUAGGAAUCUAGGUAAUGCUGCAAUCACGUAUCAGUUUAAUGCUUUUUUAAGGAAACAUCUUUAGCACCAAGACCCUUAGGAAAGUAUUAGGAACAGUAUUUAGAUUUGACAAAUUACUGGUGAACUCUAACAACAGACAUGGAAAUUUUUGGUUAGUUGUCUGUUGUCUGAAAACUUUUAUAACCCUGCCUUUGUGAAUCGCAGUUUUACAUUUUCAAAUUAAGAGAGAAAAACAUUUCAGCUCAGUCAUCAACUUGAAAAAGCUAAAAUGACUAAUUGCUUGUUACGCCAGACUGGAAAGAAUUUCCUAUCUAAAUUUAUUUUCUGUACAUGUUUUCUGCUCUCAGUGUCACAUUUCUGAUUACAGUAAUUUAUUCAAAUAUUUGUAACUGCUACUAAUACAUACUUGUAGAGGUGUAUUGUACAAAUUUUGUAAUAUACAGUAACACUACAUGAACUAGAGUCUUACUACACUGAAAAAGAUUCUGUAUUCAGAAUCUUAGACCUGCUUUAUAAGUCAUUCUCACUGGUCACUGAUGAUACAUGCAGAAGAGACCUGACAGUAUUAAGCAAGUAGAGUUAAUCAGUGUUUUAAACAUAAUAGUAAUACUCUGUGUUCAGAGUUAGAUCAUAUAAAUUCAAAGCAACAAUUUGGGCUCCUUUAAGAUAACAAUAUUAUCAUUUGCAAAUCAGAUGGUCCAAUCUCAGGAGCAGGGAAUAACUGGAGCAGCUCUGUGGGGAAUCAGAGGAAAACAACUGUUCUGACAACCCAAUGCACCAGAACCGAGAUUUCAGCUCCUACUUUUCUCAGCAUCUGAGAGAAACCAGGGCAAGAAGGACCUGUACUGAUCCCUGUGGCUAUGCAGAUAACUACCUCACAGAGUUGGAGCAGCGGUAGGGAACCUUUCUUCUGUCUAGGGCCAUAUUUGUAAAAUCAUUCUCAGACUGUACCACAUUACCAAUACAGGCAGACAGCCACCGGCAACUGUUAAGAAUGAUAUGUCUGUUAUAUUAAGCACUGAAUUAUUCAGAAGGCCUUAAAUGGCUCUCAGGCCAGAGGUUCCUCACCCCUGCACAGAGGAUUCAAGGCUUGGUUCAAAUGUGGUGAUUUAAGAGUUUGUCAUUAUUCUUUGGAAUAAAAGUGGUAUGUUUAAAACCUUUUAAAA